AUGUCAAUUGAAAGCUACGCCGCCGAGCUCAAGUCGGCUCUUCGUCAGUUCCCCAACUUUCCCUCGGAGGGUAUUCUUUUUGAGGACUUUUUGCCGAUUUUUGCCAAACCGGAAUUGUUCAAAAAUCUCGUAGAGGCAUUCAAGUUGCACGUGGGAGACACCAAAGUCGAUUAUGUUGUGGGAUUGGAAAGUAGAGGGUUUCUCUUUGGCCCUACGCUUGCGUUGGCUCUUGGAGCUGGGUUUAUUCCCGUAAGAAAGCCAGGAAAAUUGCCAGGACCAACUUUAGAAGCCACCUUCCAAAAGGAAUACGGAACCGACAAAUUCCAGAUCCAAGAAGGUGUGAUCCCUAAGGAUGCCCGUGUCUUGGUCGUGGACGAUAUAUUGGCUACUGGAGGUAGUGCAAGUGCUGCUGGCCUGUUGGUGGAGAAAAGUGGUGCAAAAGUGGUGGAGUAUCUUUUUGUGAUGGAGCUUGAUUUUUUGAAGGGACGUGACAAGUUGAACAGCCCUGUUUUCACGUUGUUGAGUGGCCAGGAGGCGAAAGUUGGAGAAGUAGAGAAGUAG